AUGGUACAGGCUAAAAUUCGUUGUUCUUGGAGAAUGUGCUCUUUGGUCCAGAAAAUUCUGAAGCUGCUGAAUGGCUUGGAUUUUCAAUUGAUACAUAUAUUCAGGGAGGCGAAUGGAGUAGCUGAUUGUCUAAGUAAGGGUGUUGUCUCAAGAAAAAUAUCUGUUAAUUUUUCGUUUCUUGAUGCUUUGCCCAGUCCUAAUACGGUGCUAAUGGCGCAGGAUCUAUCGGGUUUGUCCACUGUGAGAAAAAAGCUUCGACUGGUGCGGUGCGAUUUCUUCCCCCAUGAUGCAGCUGAAUGGUGCUUGGUUGAGGAAUUGGGCAUCUACAAGAAUGAUUUUUGUCAUAUUAUAUUGCGUUGA